GGCAUUCUAAUCAUUCCACAUUUUUGUAGUUCCUCGAAAUUUCAGGUUGUUGGAGGAACUUGAGCGUGGUGAGAAGGGAAUUGGUGAUGGUACUGUAAGCUAUGGAAUGGAUGAUGGGGAUGAUAUCUAUAUGCGCUCGUGGACUGGCACCAUUAUAGGUCCUCACAAUUCUGUGCAUGAGGGACGCAUAUAUCAGUUGAAGCUAUUUUGUGACAAAGAUUAUCCAGAGAAGCCUCCCAGUGUUCGUUUCCAUUCCCGGAUUAACAUGACUAGUGUAAACCAUGAAACUGGAGUGGUCGAACCCAAAAAGUUUGGGCCUCUAGCGAAUUGGCAGAGGGAGUACACAAUGGAGGACAUACUGACACAGCUGAAGAAGGAGAUGGCUGCUCCACACAACCGCAAGCUCGUCCAGCCACCUGAAGGAACCUAUUUCUAGUGUAAGAUAUGAAGGUCUUAAUUGACCAUAUUCUGAUUGAUAGUUAUCCCAUCGUCUUAAGAUGGAAGUUGUAUGGGUGAAUGCCUGAAAAGCCAUCUCAUAUCUCCUCUCGUGGAUUUCUUGUAUCUUUUAUUCUGCUUUAUUUUCUUUGCGAACUACUCCUAUGUCGUAUCGGUAAUGGGAUUUCUUGUGUGUGAAAAUCAACGAACGUCUUGUUAAUAUCAUAAUUCUUGUGUUCUUGAA